AUGAAUGUAGAACUAACAAAUAAUAUUCAAAUAAAAUAAUAUUUUGAAGAUCUAAUAGUCUCUCAAGACUAAAAUAUAAGAAAUAAUUCACUCGAAGAUAUCCACGAUGAUUAAAAUCCCCAAAGCCAAUUUAGAGAAUUAGAAAUAUUACCCAAAAAUGUUUUAUCAUAAAGGGAUACAAUAUAAGAUAAAGAUAUUGAGAUUGAUCUAUAAAAAAAAAAAUCAAGCAAAAAUCAUGAAACUUACUCUCAAUAAAACUCUGCUAAGUCCCCAGCAAAGUCUUCAUAAAUGCCUAGAUCUUCAUAAAAUUCUUUUAAUUCAAAAACACAUAAUGAUGGUGACAAAAAAUUUUUGAAAAAGCUAUUAAAACUAGAUAAUUAAUAAAACAAAAAAUGGUACCACUAUGCUAUUGUUGCUAUUAAAUUCGCACUAAUUUAGCUUGCAAGUCCUAUCUUUUUGAUAGCUUCAAUUUUUCAAAAUUAAAAAAAAUAACUCCCAAACUAUACAAUAAAACAAAAGUGCAUUUUAUUUACAUUUUAAUUCUACUUUCUGGCCUCAUCAAUCUCUUUAUGGAUAGUGAUAAUCAAUUUUAUUUACAUAUUAUCAGUUAGACCUAUGAGUUAUAAUGAAUCUGUUGAUUUGGUAAAUGAUUAUAACAAAGUAUUUAUGUACUUUGCUAUCAUUUGUGUUGCUUUUGCUAUCUUAGAUUCUUCCAUUUUCAAAAACAGCUCUCUUUUUUAUAUCAUGUUCUAGUCUCUACAUAUUUAUUCAAGUACAAAUAUCCCAAAGAUUAUGAAGCAGCUCUUUAUUUCAGAAUAUGCCUUUGUUUUUUAGUUCUUUGAAUAUCCUUAUGAAGAAGAGAGUAAGGUUAAGCAAAAGUAAAAGGUCAAAAAAAUUUUUUUGAACCAGAAUGAUAAAAAAUCUUUUUUCUUUAAUAAGACUUAAUAACAAAUAUAUUAUUCUGGACUGAAUUUAUGUCAAAAGAUUAUAUAAUAUGCUGAAAAAAAUAACGUUUUUAAUAAGCAAUUUGUAGUUUCCUAGUUAGCCCUGUCUUUAAUUUUAUACUUUAAAGCUUUUAUACCAGGAAUUUAUAGAUAUGCUUAAAAUGAAGGCUUUUCUGUUUAUAGUACUUAUUUAACUAUAGUUCCCUUUUUAUGUGUAGGCAAUUUGGCAUCUUACUUUGCUAGAACUCUUAAUUCACUUUAAGAUCUUAAUUUUAUUUAUGAUUACAACAGAGCUCUUUCUGCACUGAUAAGCUAUUGUUCAUAUCUUAAAUUAAAACCUAAAUAUAAAAUAAAUGUUCCAAGCAUCAAUCCAAUUGAUUUAAAAAGUAUUAAAACAUGGUCUCAAAUGAGGAGAUUGCUUAACGAGCUUAAAAAAGAAGAGACCAUCCCUAUAGAUCGAUGUACAAUUUUCCUAUUUGCUUACUUAAUAUUAGUUUUUCUUGCUGUGUUUUUAGGUAGAUUUUUUAAAGUAGUUGUUUUUGUGAAUUUAAUUAAUGAAAAGUAUCUUUUGCCCUAUUUUGCUUUAGAUGUUCUGCUUAUUUGUGGACUUUUUUGUUAAAGAGUGUACAAAUAAGUUAAAAUUAAUAAUUAAUUUAAGGAAUAAUACAAACUCUUGCAAAUGAUCAAGAAUUUUUUACAUAAAUUUUUUGCAUGCAGAAAACAAUUUAUAGAAAAAGAAGAUAUUGUUUUUUUAGAUAAGGAUAUUCAGUGGUUUUUCUACUCUCAAAUUAAUGUGAAUUAUAUAAACUGUUAAUUUUCCUUGUAGAAUUUUUAAUCUAAUUCAUAAGAAAGUCAAUCAUAAAGUUAAUAAAAUGAAGAUUAAAAUAAGAUUGAUCAUUUAAAAAAUAAAUAAAUUUAAGAUACAAAGUAAAAAGAAGAUUAUGACUUUUUAUAUUAUUCUAAGCUAAUAGGAUUGAUAGAUAACAUUUAGGAUGAACUUCAAUUAGAUAUAUUAUAGACACCUAUGAAAUUUUUAGGUUUAAUACCAAGUACAUAUGGAUUAUUAUAUACAUUUCUAUCUUUUACUGCUACAUUUAUUUACAUAUCAUUCUAUUUAUACUUAUCUGAAUGA